AUGUCUAUGCAAAGGUUGGAUGAAUACGUCGCCAACGAUGUUAUUAGUAACAAAUCAAACAUCAAGCGAGAGAUGCUUGUAAAGGAGUACAAAAAAAUAGGUCAAGGGGCCUUCGGUACCGUUGUACAAGCAUAUUUAACACCAGAUAAUCAAAAGUGGCUUGGUCCCUUUGCGAUCAAAAAGGUUCCUGCUCAGACUGAGUAUAAGUCCAGAGAAUUAGAGAUCUUGCGGAUCGCGGACCACCCUAAUGUGGUGAAAUUAGAGUACUUUUACACUCAUGUAUCCCCAACAGAUCACAAAGUAUACCAACAUCUAGCCAUGGAGUGUUUGCCAGAGAUGCUUCAAAACGAGAUUUUACGAUAUAAAAAGAACAACUUGGAGCUACCGCUAAAACAUGUGAAAUUAUACACCUACCAGAUUGCAAGAGGUAUGCUUUACUUACAUGCAUUAGGAAUAUGCCAUAGAGAUAUCAAACCUUCCAACGUUUUAGUCGAUCCACAAACAGGUAUUUUGAAGAUUUGUGAUUUCGGAUCCGCUAAAAAAUUGGAGUCCAACCAACCUUCGAUAAGUUACAUUUGUUCGAGAUAUUAUAGAGCUCCAGAGUUGAUCGUUGGGUGCACACAAUAUACAACAAAGAUAGAUAUUUGGGGUUUGGGAUGCGUUUUAGGGGAAAUGCUACUAGGAAAGGCUGUUUUCCAAGGACACCAGCCACUACUACAACUACAUGAGAUCACCAAAUUGCUCGGCCCACCAGAUAAAAGGUUUAUCUUCUUCUCAAACCCCUCCUAUAAUGGCCCAUUGUUCUCAAAGCCCCUCUUUGAAGGCCCUCCCAGAGCAAGAUUCGAAAAGUACUUUGGUUAUGCAGGACCAGAUGGUGUGGAUUUAUUGAUGAGUGUAUUAGUUUAUGAACCUGAGAAAAGAGCUUCUCCUAGAAGAAUCCUUGCUCAUCCCUUCUUUGAUGAUCUAAGAAAUGAACGUUAUUUCUUCCCAAGUGGAAACUCGCAACCUAAACGCUUACCACCUUUAUACGACUUCUCAGACUUUGAACUACAGGUUAUCGGUGAUCUAUUACCCCAGAUACAGCCAAAACAAGAUUGA